AUGGAGGAACCUACAGAGAAAGGAGUGACAAUAGGACCUAUAGCCCAGUCUGAUAGUGUCGAGCACAAUGGUGAUGUGAGACUGGAAGUGCAAGAACAAGAUUUGAAAGCCAGCAUUAAGCGGCAACCGCAUUUCGUUGGUAACCAGGGAAGCGAUGCGGCGGUGUCAGAUGUAGAGGCAGUUAUUAGAGGAUUAGAGCGACUGGCGCAUGAUAAUCGAUCAACAAGGGAGGCAGUGGAGCGUGUGGACGAAAAAGUGUCCAGGACAGAGCUGGAGCUCAAUAGUCUCGUGUCAAGAAGCACCAACAACAAUAAACAUCUCCAGAACCUGCUGCUGUCGGCGCAGGACGUGAGACGGCUACAAGAACUCAUUGAGCAGCUCAGCAAGCAGCAGGACGCGCAGAUCGCAGCGGCGCAGGAAGUCAGUGCCAACAUCAACGACGCGGACGCCAAUUCCGGUGCUGAAGACAGAAUACGACAGCUGACAGAGGAGUUACAAGCGUUUCACGACCAGCACGAGUCGCUGCUGCGUCUGACGCAUCAGGUGGCAGAGAAAGAGCGGCAAUUGGCCGUGCUAGACCAUGACUACGAGUGCGUGCGGCAGCGACUGCGGGAGCGCACUCAGGAACUGGCAAAUCUAAAGCGCGAGUACGAGAUCGUGGACUCGCGUAUCAACGACACACUCAUGGAAAGAUACAAGGCGGUGCACGCGAAUCUGGCGUUCUCGGCCACCGCACUCCACAACCACACGAGGCCGCCUGUCACCAAGAUGAACCGAAUAACUAGCAUGUUGCGCAACAAGCACGCGGGUGGAAGAAGAGUGAUGUCUCUUAACGUAGUGGAUAAGUAUGAUGUAUCUCCCGACAACAAUUCCGACGAGAAUUGA